UCGAAGCAUGCCUCUCUUACCGUGACUCGGGUUUCUGUCGAAGGGGAAGAUGAAGCCAGCCCUGACCUCGGCUUUGAAACCAGGCAUGGGCUCCAUCUCAAAUCACAGCUAUUUCGGAAAUGACACAGCCUCCUCUGAAGAGCAGUCUUUUUCUUUGUUCGACAUCCAUAUUUUGGUGCCUGUGACUAUAAUUUCCAUCAUCCUGUUUUUCUUGGGAGUUUCGGGGAAUUUGAUAACGAUAGUCAUUUUCAGACGCUCGCAGGAGAUGAGGACGACAGUGAACAUGUACCUGUCCAGCAUGGCGCUGUCAGACCUGCUGAUUUUCCUUGGCCUGCCUUCGGACCUCUACCGCCUUUGGAAGUACAAGCCCUACAUAUUUGGGGAUUUUCUCUGCAAGUUCUUCAUUUACCUGAGCGAAACGUGCACGUACUGCAGCAUCCUGCACAUCACCACGGUAAGCGUGGAGAGGUACUUUGCCAUCUGCUUUCCCCUGAAAGCCAGAGCGACCAUCACCAAGUGCCGGGUGAAACGGGUCAUCCUGGCGCUGUGGGGCUGCUCCCUCCUGACCGCUGGCCCCAUCCUCUUCCUCUUCGGGGUGGAACACCCUGACGGCAGCCUGCCCCAGGAGAGCCGGGAGUGCAGGUCCAUCGAGCGUGUGGCCCGCACGGGGCUGCUCGAGACGAUGACCUGGGUUUCCACCAUUUAUUUCUUCCUGCCAAUGCUGUGCUUGACUCUGCUGUACGGACUCAUCUGCAGAAGGCUCCGGCGGAGCGGGCAGCGGCUGCCGGGCUGCCGGGCUGCGGGCAGGAAAAGGGCCCACAUGCAGACUGUCAAAAUGCUGGCUGUCGUAGUCUUGGCCUUUGUGCUGUGUUGGCUCCCAUUCCACAUUGGCCGAAUCCUCUUCGCCCAGAGUGAAAUCAUCCUGUAUGACCUCACACAGUACUUCAACCUCAUCGCCAUGCUUCUCUUCUAUCUCGGGGCUUCUAUAAACCCCAUACUUUACAACAUCAUGUCACACAAGUACAGGAAAGCAACGAGCAAAAUCCUUCACCAUAAGCAAACUCAGCGCUGCAGGAGCCUGACCAGGAGCGAAAAGGUUUCUUUGGAAGGUACAGAACUAGGUUCUUUCACGUCAGCUGUUCAGCAUUGACUAAAUUCUCACAACCCAAGCAUUUUGCCAGCUGUGUUGUGGGUUAAAACCCAGGUAGACUGUGCACAUGCAGACUGGAACAAGUUUUAAGGCUGUGCUUUCGGCUUACCUCUCACUAUGCAUUUCCUGAAGUAGGUUUGGAACAUUUUAGGAAGGUUGGAGUCAGUUUGUGUUAUUCCUGCACACAGGGGCAGGCUCGGGGGGGAGGCCGGGCUAUUCUCUUCUCUUCGGUGAACUUACCAGCCACAGUGUCCAGCUUAACUGUCCACAAUGCUCCUGUGAAGGGAUUUGUCUCUCUUUUUGAGGACCAGACAUUUUGUUAAUCACAGACCUGUGAAAAAUAAUUCAAGUUACUUUCUUCUCACAGAAGCCAAGAGAAUGUGGAUGUUAAAACCAGGCAGCUGUUUGCUCCUAGCAAGUAAGCGUAAAAAAAUACCAUGUGUAAGGUACUUGAAAAUGGUAAGAAAUAACUAAUUUUGUGGGACUAUGAACACAAUGCCUUCUUCCUCAAGGCUGAUGUAUCGCUCGCCCCUCAGGUCCCUUGAGUUGCUUCCCUCAUUUCCUGUCUUUUAUCUUGUUCUUUAUUCAAACUAUACCUGGCUUUCUGCAAAGUCAGACCCCAUCUCUGCGGGAGGAACCAGUCCUUGCCUUUAGAGCUCACCUGAACAGGCCAGGGAUGAAUUACACAGGUGGAGGAUUGCUGGGAGGGAAGCAAGAGCAAAGGCAUUUGCCCCUCUCCCUUGCUGGUAAACCAGGCAAACAGAGCCCAGAUCACCAGUUCACACAACACCCGCCUGACCUCACGUGAAAGGGUUCGAGGAAUUGCGCUGCUGAGUGCCCAGGCGACACAGCUCUUGGCAAAGAGGGGAGUGUUGGGCUAAGGCUCCCACAAAUUACUUUUCUUCCAGAAAGAUGUAAGUCAGCUCUUAACGACACAGAGUAACAACGCUGAACGUGGUUGU